AUGGUCAUUAUUUCUGUCAGUGUUAUUUCAAAGGCUGGCAAGCCUCUCAUCGCUAGACAAUUCCGUGAUAUUAGCAGAGUUAGAUUGGAGGGUUUGUUGAGUGCUUUCCCAAAAUUGAUGGAUCCAAAGUCCCAACACACCUUUGUUGAAACAGACUCUGUUAGAUAUGUAUAUCAAUCAUUGGAUCAAUUAUUCCUCGUUUUGAUCACUACAAAAACUAGUAAUAUUGUUGAAGAUUUGGAAACUUUACAAUUAUUCUCUAGAAUUAUUAAAGAUAUUUGUUUCUCCAAUCAAAGAAACUCUGGAACAGGUAUUGGUGAAGAAAUUAUUAGUGAAAAUGCUUUCGAUUUAAUGUUUGCUUUUGAUGAAAUUGUAUCAUUAGGUUAUAGAGAAUCUGUAUCAUUGGGUCAAGUUAAAGAUAUUCUUAAAAUGGAUUCACAAGAAGAAAAUCUCCAAGAAGCUAUCAAACAAAGACAAAUCGAAAAUGCCCAAUCACAUGCUACAAUGAAGGCAACAGAAAUUGCUAUGCAAAUUGCAAAUAAUGGAGGAAUUCGUACUGGUGGUAUUUCAAGUGCAGAUAGAGGUAUCGGUUCAAGUGGAGGUUCAAGACCAACAGAUGUUUAUGUUCCACCAUCAAAUCAAGGAAAGUAUUCUGGUAUUGGAUCAGGAUCUCGUGAAACAUCCUCUAAUGUUACUUCAUCUUCGUCAUCAUCAUCAGGAGGCUUACCAGCACAAAAUACAUCCGAUAGAAAACUUAAGGAACAAUCUAAACCAAGCAGUCUUAAACAAAUGAUUUUGAACAGACCAAAUAGUAAGAAAGGUUCUCAUUCUUUAUUGAAUGAUCUUGUUUCUAAGGGAGAUAUUACUCCAACUAUUGCUGAAAAUACAUCAGUACCAGUUUCAACAAAGAUUGAAUCUGUUGCUGAACAACAAAAGAAAGUUAAGGUUGAAGAUAUUCACUUACAAGUUAAGGAAACUUUACAAGUUGAAACAAAUAGAGAAGGUGGAUUAAAUAGUUUGGAUGUUAAGGGUGAAAUGCACUUGGCAAUUAACGAAACUGGAAACGGUUUUAUCAAAGUUAGACUUGUAAAUGAUUUGAAGGAUGGUUUUGUUUCUAAAAUACAUCCAAAUAUUGAUAAGAAGGAAUUUAGUGAUCAACGUACUCUUGCUUUGAAGAGAACUGAUAAACCAUUCCCAACAGGUAAUCCUCUCAAGAUUUUAACAUGGCGUUCACAAGGAAACUUUGAUGAAUCUGUUUUACCUUUUACUGUAAAUUGUUGGCCAAACCCUUCUGGUGGUGAAACUACAGUCAGUAUCGAAUAUAAUUUGCAAGACACCAGUGCAGAACUCCAAAAUGUAACAAUUUCUGUACCAAUUCCAACAAAGGAAGUAUCAGUUGAAAGUGCUGAUGUUGGUACUUAUAGAGUUGAUCAAAAGAAUGGAAAGUUCAUUUGGUCAUUCGAUUUAAUUGAUUCUUCAUGUGCUAGUGGUAGCAUUGAAUUUGUAAUUAAUGAGAGAGCUGAUGAAUCAAGCUUCUUCCCUGUUGAUGUUUCAUUCACCUCUGAAUACUCAAUGUCAGGAACUGAAAUUAGAGAUGUUUUAUCUGUAACUGAUUCUUCUGAACAACGAUAUUCUGUAGAGAAAUCUUUGACUGUUGCUGAAUAUAAGAUUGUUUAAAUGUUAUGAAAUUUUGAAUAAAUUAAUGUAAUCUCUGUAAAAAUCU